AUGUCCGCAGGUUCCAUGCCGACUCUGGUUGAGGCAACGGCGCUUGCCACACUGCCAGAGCAGCCCACGUGCGUGACCCCGAUGGAGUUUACGUGCUGCACUUGCCGCCAGAAGAAGCCUUGGGAUCAGAGGUCGAACGUCAGGGGCGAGAACCCCAUCACUGAGAUCUCCCAGCAGCUCAGGUGCAAGCCUUGCGCGGCCUUCAAGAAGCGCGUCGAGCGCAUCACCAGCAACAACGAGAGCCUCCAGACCGUCUUGACCGACAUGGGCGAAGCUGACAGGGUGACCUUCUUCCAAGAGAACAACGGCUUGAUGGGCGACGACCUCAAGAAGAAGCUCCAAGCGUCCGCCAUGAUGCUCAUGGUCAAGAAGUCGUCAAUGGAGUUCAAGGCUGAUGGUGGCUUCGUGAAGGUGCGCGACUUGUGGGAUGACGUCAAGAGUGGGAAGCGCAAGAAGGCGGACGUGGAGAUACUGAUCACCCACAGUCACGGCUUCUUCUCGCCCGAGUACCAGUGCGAUAUGGUGUGGGAGCCCCGUUACAACAUGAGCAUGUCGCAGGGUUCGAGCUCGCAGAACGAGAAGAGGAUCUCGAUGGCCACCGAGACUUUUACGAAGAAGGCCAAGCGCAUCAAGGCCGAGGCUCCCGACGCAGAGGCUGCACCUCGCGUGAAGCCCCAGAAAUCGACCGCCCCUGUCAUAGGCAGGGGGCAGAAGAACGAGCUCACCAAGGCCUCGCCGAAGCUCGGCGAGAUGGCGGUCAAGAUGGCGGCCGCCGUCCUCGAGGCAAAGGCAGAGGGCCUCGUGGCCAAGAAGGCUCUCGAUAAGGCGGAUGCCGCCAGCAAGGAGCUGGACCAGACGAAGCAGCGCGUCGACGAGCUGCUCACCGCGGGCGUGGGUGAGAAGACGGAGGUGGCGCAGUGCCUUACCAAGGCGAAGCAGCUGCUGACGGAGUCCACGAAGCUGCAUGCGAAGAUCAUGUCGGACCUGGAGGAGUUGCAGCCCGAUGAGCAGGGUGAUGAGAGCUGA